AUGAUUCGUUCAUCAAAUCUUACUGUUAUCGAUUAUUCAAAACUCGGGCAAUUAGCCGAAGCCAGAUACGGGUACGAAAGAGCAAUGUCGAAAUUUCCGGCCCGAGGAUUGCCAUCAGGGCUCCGAUCGCUGAAUGGACUGAAGGUACCUCUUGGCGCUGCAGCCUCCGCUCCAGGAUCUGCUGUCACUUCUCCACAACGACAACAAAGUUCUUCAUCUCGAUUUUCACCACUUGUUGGAUCACCACCGAAAGUCAACGGAAAUGUUUCUGCAUUCUUGGUAAAAGGAUUCCGACUAUUCAGCACAGGUAGUUAUCCCGAUCAUAAGCGCGUGAAAUUGCCGGCACUUUCUCCAACAAUGGAAAUGGGAACGGUUGUUAGCUGGCAAAAGAAAGAAGGCGACCAAUUGAGCGAAGGCGACUUGCUCUGUGAGAUUGAGACCGACAAAGCUACGAUGGGAUUCGAGACUCCUGAGGAGGGUUAUCUUGCUAAAAUACUGAUCUCGGAGGGAACCAAGGAUGUGCCCAUUGGAAAGUUGCUCUGUAUUAUUGUGGAAAAGGAAGCGGACGUUAAAGCUUUUGCCGAUUACAAGCCCGAUGACAGCGCAAAGGGAGCAGCUUCACAAAAGAAGGCUCCAUCAACACCGGCCAGUGAUUCAGCCCCGGCUGCCCAAAAAGCUGCCCCAACUCAGGUAGUAGCUCCACAAAAGCAACCCUCAUCAGCUCCACAAUCACCAUCAGGACGUGUAGCAGCAACUCCAUUUGCACGAAAGAUAGCAGAAGAACAAGGACUUGAUUUACAGACAGUAGCAGGCUCAGGACCAGGGGGUCGAAUUCUCGCAGCCGAUCUAUCGAACGCGGCUCCAUCUGCAACCGGAGGCACUCCACCACCAUCACAUCACGCUGGAGCGACUGGAGGGCAACCGGGAGAUUUUACAGACAUUUCUCUUACAAAUAUGCGAAAAACGAUUGCCAAACGACUUACCGAAAGCAAAUCAACGAUUCCACACUAUUACCUCAGUUCUGAAAUCAACUUGGAGCAAAUCUCGCAGGUUCGCGAGAAGUUAAAUGCAUUGUUAGCCAAGGGUGCUGUCGGGGAUCCGACAAAGUUAUCGCUCAACGAUUUUAUCAUCAAGGCUUCAUCAUUGGCUUGUCUUCGUGUACCGGAGUGUAAUUCUUUUUGGAUGAACGAGUUCAUUCGACAAAAUAAUGUUGUUGAUGUGUCGGUUGCGGUCUCAACUCCUGCCGGCUUGAUAACUCCAAUCAUUUUCAACGCACACUCAAAGGGAUUAGCAACCAUCAGCACGGAAGUCAAAGAACUUGCAAAAAGAGCUCGGGAGGGAAAGCUUCAGCCACAUGAGUUCCAAGGUGGAACCUUUACUGUGUCAAAUCUGGGAAUGUUUGGAAGUGUGACUGAUUUUACGGCAAUCAUCAACCCACCUCAAUCGUGCAUUUUAGCAAUCGGAGGAGCCGAAUCAAAACUGAUUCCAUGUGACAAAGAAGGCUACAAGAAGGUGCAAGUGAUGCGAGUGACUCUUUCAUGUGAUCAUCGCACCGUUGAUGGAGCAGUGGGAGCUCAAUGGUUGAAACACUUCAAAGAUUUCCUUGAAAACCCACAAACAAUGCUUCUC